GUCUACACGCAACCUGUGUAUGUCGCAAGCAAAGAGUACACACACAGACAAUACCCUUCUCUCUCUCUUUCACUCUUUGAUUAUCUGCAACACUCUUCCCAUUGUUCAAAGCCCCGUUUUUCAUUUCUUCUUUACCAACUUUAAGCAGAACCAGAUGAAACAAGCUUAUGAAAUAUGUAUUUCUUGAAAUGCUAAUGUUAAAGAUGGAUAUGUGGAAUUGUAAGGACAAAAUGAAUCAAGAAACAAUGUAAUGCUAAAAUAUUGAUAUUGAAGAUAUGUAGAAGAUCCAUUUGUGCAAAAAUUGAUCAAGGUUUUCUGAUGUUUUACCAUACUAAUGGAAAGAAGGGAGGAAAAAGAGGAGAAAAUAAAGCUGAAUAGAGAAAUAUAUUCAUGUAGCUGUCCCCAAGUAGUGAGUAAGUGACAAAGACUAGCAUCUUUGCGCGUGUCCCAUCCUCUUCUCCAACCUUUUUGACUAAGGUCAAAAUAUUGUUGCCAACUCUCAUGGAGGUUAAGCUAUGGAAUGAUAAGCGGGAAAGAGAAAUGUAUGAAAACUUUGCAGAGCUCUUUGCUAUAAUAAAGGCAACUGAAAAGCUUGAGAAGGCUUAUGUUCGCGACAUCAUUUCACCUGCUGAAUAUGAAGCUGAAUGCCAGAAGUUGAUUGCUCAUUUCAAGACCUUAUCUUCUACGUUGAAAGAUACUGUACCCAGCAUUGAGCGAUUUCAUGACACCUACAAAAUGGAUUGCCCUUCUGCCUUAAACCGGCUUGUGACCUCUGGAGUGCCUGCCACUGUGGAGCACCGUGCCGCCGCUGCAACAUCAUCUGCAUCCUCAGCUUCUGUUGUGGCUGAGUGUGUGCAGAACUUCAUCACUGCCAUGGACUCUUUGAAGCUGAACAUGGUUGCUGUUGACCAGGUCCAUCCCCUUUUGUCAGACCUGUCAUCUUCCCUUAAUAAACUUUCAAUUCUGCCAGCUGAUUUUGAGGGGAAGACAAAGAUGAGAGAGUGGCUCUCAAGGCUAUCAAAAAUGGGAGCUGCAGAUGAGUUGACAGAACAGCAGGCCCGUCAACUCCACUUCGAUCUUGAAUCAUCAUACAAUUCCUUCAUGGCGGCACUGCCCUCUGCUGGAACUUAAUAGCUUAUUUCAGGUGAUAUGUCUGUACAUAUGUGGCUGAAUUCUUGUUUUCUCUACCAAGUUUAUACUACAUAUGAUGCUUUAUUUGGUCGAAGUGCUGGUUUAUGAGGAUUCAGAAAAGUGUCUUGUAAUUUGUGGAACUUUUGUCUAGUGGUUCCAUUUUAUUGAACAUGAACUCAGCCCAGACAACAUGUUUAUUUGGUUUGCGUGCCAUUUCUUUUGUUACAGUAAUCAUAUUACAAGGAAAUAUUGAGCUGUUAGAUAUGAUUUUGUGAAUUUAAGUGGAAAUUUUGAUGUAAAA